AAUUUUAUACAUAAAAUCUUGCACAAAUUAUAAUUUCAAGAAAAACGUAAAUUCUACCAUUAAAAAUCGUUUGUUGUACCCCAACCAUUUCAGAUGUUGUCUGAGGAAGAGGCGGCAAUGGACUACGAUGAGUUGACAUUGAAUCCAUUGCUGGCAGAAAUUGAGGCCGAAACUGAUUUGGACUCGAAAAAAGAGAAACAACGCCGCUAUUGGACGCCAAAGGAAGAGCAACGUUUCUUUGAGAUUUGGGGACGUGAUAAUUGGCGUUUAACGCGUCACGGAAAAAAUACAAUUUUCUUUGCACAAUGGGCUGUUGAGUUGAAGGAGCGCUUUGAUAUAGAAGUGAAACCCGAGGAAAUACAAGCGAAAGUAAACCAGACGCGCGCGAAGUUCAGACAAGUUAAGAAGCAGAUAGCUGCUGACAAAAAUUGUGUGCGUUGGAAAAAGUUUGCCAUUAUCGAUAAAAUUCUUAAGAAUCAAUAUCGCCCUAAAGACGCCGAACCUGUACCGAAAGAGGCAUUGGAGAAUAAUCGUGACAUCGAUUUAAGCGAAGUACCGUCGCCGCCCUCGCCACCACGUUCAGGACGACAGUCUUCACCCAAUAGUAUUACAUCAAGUUCCAACACGCAAGAAGCAACUAAUAAUGCUACGACUACGGAUAAUAACAACACUUCGAUAUCAUUGGAUGUACCGGCUAGCACUGAAGACAUAGACAUCAAGAGUGAAUUUCUUACUGACUCCAGCAUCACGACUUCGCUGUUUAAUGCGAGCACUGAGCUCUUCAGCGAUCCAAUCGACGAGGUAAAAGCCGAAUACUCUAGCGAUUUUCACAAUUUUGGCAACUAUCCACAGCCAAAUCAUUUUGAAACACAGCCACCAACUCAAGACGAUGACGAUGAGGAGCCACAGCUGCACACUUUACAAACACCACAACAAUUGUUAGAAGAACAAAAGCAGAAACAACAACAACAACAAUUACAGCAACAGCAGCAACAAUACCAGCAGUAUCCACCAGCAUCAUCAACGGCGCCACCCCCUGACACCACAACAGGCACCAAUACGCAACUACUGCAAACUGGUUAUGAUCAUAGUAACACAUAUGCCAAUCAAAACCAUUAUGCGGCAACAACUACACCAACACCAACGACAGCUACAUCAUCUACCGCUAAUCCAGCAUAUAAUAGUCAAUACGCCGGUAGUAAUAAUAACGUUACCAACAGUAGCACUAGUGGUGGUGUCGCACCAAUGCAACCACCAACGACGGGCCUGGGUCGCGGUGCACCCGGUCAACCGCGUCGACGGCGCACAUCGCACGCCAACAACGUGCUAGCAGCACAGGCUGGCGCCGAAUCCUUAGAAUCUAUGUACCUAAAUGAGGUGCGUAAAAAGAAUAUUUUACUUGCGGAGCAGUUGGAAAUCGCACGUAAGCGUAUGCAAUUAGAGGAGCGUAAAGUGAAUUUGUUGGAACGUUUCUUUCCACAAUGUUUGGAGAUGCAGGAGCAAAUACUUGGGAAACUCAAUAGCAAUACUUAAGACGGUGUGAACGUGACAUUGUAAGGUAUUAUGUGAAGUGGAAAUGCAUGUGGAAGUUUUUCAUAUAAGUUAAAGAAUAAGUGGAAAUUGCAGCAAAUAAUAAAGAUGUGUUUAGUUCAAGUAAUUCUACGAGAAAUUCAUCAGAAUUUCGCAUAACAUCAUGUGAAAAUUAAAUUUGAAACAGCGCUACGUCGAAACGGUGAAUGUGAGUGUUGUAAAAAGGGGAAAUCCCGCAUUUUGCUAAAUUAAUUAAAAAAGUAAUUAUUUCUAAGAUGCUACUUUUAAUUUGGCCAUGCAAAAUACAGUUUAAUUUGUUUCUUAUUGUAGUCUUCUCUUUUCUCUUUUCAACAAGUCUUGUUGUGAAGAGCAAAAAUUGUAAUUCUCGUGUAUCGGUACCAGUAAUUCUUAGUCUCUUUUUUUUUAAACUUUAUAUAUACCAUAUUAUACAAAGUAUUUACAACAAGCUAUGUUUGUGUUAGUUUGUAGAAACAAUUACAAUUAUAUUAAAGUAACAUUGAUCCACAAUAUAGAAAUUUUAAAAUGAUUUUAAAAUAUUUUAUCAUGUACAACAUUUCAUCGAAUUCGGCUUAUAGGCCAGUGCAGAAGUGUUUGAAAAUCAUAAAAAUUGAACAAAAAAAUCAUUAUAGGUUCAAACUCAAUUGACAAGGAAGGUAAAUAAAAAAAUUGAAAGGAAAAAUAAUUUACGGACGAUUUAGGAUCGAGAAAAGAAAGGAGGCUUGUAUUUUUCUCUAAUAUUUUAAGUUUAUGCGAAAAAGGUGUAAAUAACAAAUUUUCCAUAGGACUCGUAGGCUCGUAGGAAAUCGAGAUAAAUCAUUUUUAACCCUUAAACCCGGUAAAUUAUUUUUCUUUUAAUUUUUCAAAAAUUAUUUACCUUGGUCUAUUAAUAUUUUAGAAAAACAAACAACAGUGUGCUAUUUAAACAAGAAUUCAACACCAUUGUUUGUAUUUUUUUUAGUUACCCUUUACAAGUUUAAAACAUAAUUUUCACCGAAGAGAUAAAAAGCGAAAAUAUAGAAAGCUAAUUAACUAAUUAAUCGCCACUAAGCAUAGAUCAAAAGAUUGUAAAAUAAUUCAUAUUUAAAAACCCCCCAACAACAUGUUUGGUAAUACAAAAACAAAACUAUAUACUUAGAAACAUACUAUGUGACUAGGAGUGAAAGUUGCAAGCUGAAAUACGAACAAAAUCGUAGAGUUGUUUAGGAGCAAAGAAAGCGGCAUGGAACUGCAUAUGUACUAGAAGAGGAGGAAAAAUUGACGCAUGCACAUGUUUGUCAAUUUGUAUGGUAAUUUUGCGUAAUAGGUAGUUGAUAAGACCAGUUAAUAAACAUGAUUUCUCAUUUGUAAAACCACGAAAAUAAAACAAAGCAAAAAUUAAAUAAAGUUAAAUGAUUUUUAAUGGCA